AUCUCAUCUGAGUGAGACAGAAACAGACACAGAUAGAGAUAUGAAGUUCAAGGCAUUUCUUACUGAGAACGGUGUGAAUCUUUUGGAAAAGAGGUUCUUACCAGCACUAGACAAGAUGGGGAAGAUAUGCCAUCUCUUUCUCAACAGGGACCGUGUUUUCUUUCUGCACAACCUUCUUAAUGGCAAUGGAGUUCAGUCCAUUGCUCAGUUUAGCAAAGAGGCUCUUUUUGAUGACUAUCGCAUCUCUAGCCAGUAUGAUGACUGCAUUGCCUUUACAUUAGACAUUUCUCUUCUGCACCGUGCUCUUCGUAGCAGUGUCAGCAUAUGUACUGAGUUUGGAAAUGGGCCCACAGCUAAUCGCUUACAGAUUAAAUUAGCAAAGAAGCUCACUAAGAAUUCUACUGAAAGGUUGCCCUUCCUUACCUUUGAGACCAAGGGUUAUAAAUCUGCAGUCAUCCAGGACGUGCCAAUCUCAUCACCUUUGUCUAGGAAUCAGGUUCUUGAACUUCAAACUGCUCUUGAUAUGGCUCAAGAUUUGCCCCAGACUCUGGUGCAGGUUCCAGACUUGAAUCAAUUGCAAAACUUUGUGGAUCGGAUGAGGCAUGUUGGUGAUCUGCUUAAUGUUUCUAUAAGUAAGUAUGGGGAUUUACACAUUCAGAUUUCAACUACACUGAUCACACUUGGUGCUGAGUUUCAGAAGCUUUUGGUCAUAGGUGAGCAAGCUGAUGCCCCUGCCGAAGACCGAAACCUGAGUGCUCAGACUCGAGCAGCAAGGGCAGUUCUAAGGGGAGAUGCUCAAUCAGUGCAAGUGAGUGUCAAGCACUUCGGUAAGAGCCUUCAAUGCAAUUUGGCUAAGCCAGACUGUGCUUUCUAUGGGAUUGCUCCACAAGGUGCUUGCUUGACACUGGUUUUUCAAUUUUUCAUUCCUGGUACACAUCGACUUGAUAAGUCAAUCAGUAUGCAUUGCAGACUUCCUGUACUUGACCAAGGGUCCGGCUAAAGGUCUUUGGUAGGUUUACCCAUAUCUGCUGAAGUUUAAGAAUUUGGGAGUAGUCACUAGUCACUAGUCACUAGUCAGUCUGAUAUAUGUCUAGACAAAUUUGUUAUGGUUUUGGUAUAGUUGUAUGUUACUGAUCAUGUUUCAGACCA